ACCAAACACCAACCCCCACUCCUCUUUACCGCCGCUCAUUUCCGCCAACUCCCCCCAUCGCCCUACCCCGAAGUCGCCUUCCUCGGCCGUUCCAACGUAGGAAAGUCCAGCUUCCUUAACGCCAUCUUCGGGCGUCCUCGCAGCGACAUCGCCCGCGUAUCUCGCAAACCAGGUAAAACCCGUACCAUCAAUGGGUUCGGCGAAAUUAGCACCAAAGGCGAAAUCUGGAAAAGAUGGGGAAGAGGUGGGUUAGUGGUGGUUGAUAUGCCCGGUUAUGGAUCUGGGUCGAGAGAGGAGUGGGGAGGGGAGAUCAUGAAGUAUUUGGAAGGGAGGAAACAGUUGAGAAGGACUUAUGUUCUGGUUGAUACGCAGCAUGGGCUGAAGAGGACAGAUGUGCAGUUGUUGGUGCAUUUGAGGAAGCAGGGUAUUCCGCAUCAGGUGGUUUUGUCCAAAGUGGAUAAAUUGUUGUUUCCCGAUGCCAAGUUUCCCAGUGCGUUGAAGAUACAUAAUGGGUUGGUCAAGUUGAAGGGGAUUCGAAAGGAGGUUAGAGAGAAAUUGGACAAGGCGUGUGCGGAGGUGGGUGUAAGGGGGAAGAUGGGAGAUUUGAUGUGCUGUAGCUCGGAGAAGAGUUUGGAUGUCAGUAGCAAGACGAAGAGAAUUGGGGUGGAUGAGUUGAGAUGGUCAGUGUUGACGGCUUGUGGGCUAGAGAACUCUAUGAAUUUGAGA